AGUAUUAGAAAUUCAGAACCAUAAAAAUAAAAAAAAAAACACUUCCUGGCGUUUGAAAUGUUCGCUAAUGUUAAGUCAUAAAAAUUUAAGCUUAUUAAAUUUCUAAUUCUAAUGUGACGGCGUUUUUUAAAACGGAUUUAUAAAUCUCGAUUCUACUGAUAUGGAAUGCAUUAUGGUAAAAUAGUGGUAUACGGCAGCUCACCAUAAGGUUUAACCAAUCACAGCGGCUAAAUCAUAUUUUUUUCUUAGAUCAUAGUUCAUGUUAUCAUGGUGGACUCGGUGGAGUACUGUCCAACUUAAGAAGUUAAAACUGAUCUACCGGAGUGCGUGUGUUGACUGUAUUGUGAAGUGUAGUAUUGUGGAUUUGAAUAUUUAAAGUUUAAAUUGGACAGUAAAGUUGUGAUAGACUAUUAUAUGAAUGAAACUAUAAAAUAUAUAUUUUUCCAUAGGCUGUGGUUGUGAUGUCAUUAGUUCAAUUAUUAUAUUUUUGGUUGUGUUCAAACACCCUAUCUUUUUCAAAUUUGAUACUUGAUAAGUGAUAUUAAAAGCUAUAGUUUUAACUAUUGUCUAUUACUUAUUGGUUGUUAUAUUUUUCUCGAUAAUUGUAUUCUUAUUCAUAAUAAUUGUAUUAAUAACUUACAAAUGGACCAAGAAAAUCAGGGUGUUAUUUAUAUCGAAAAUUGGAAUGACUUAUGUCGAUUGUGUCUACGCAAUGAACAAUCAUUGCAAAAUCUGUUUUUUGAAGAAUCUCUUUUGGAAAAUAUUCAAGAGGUCACAAAUCUUCACUUUAAUGUUGAGGAUUCUUUACCUAAUUCUAUAUGCAAAAUAUGCAUCGAACAAGUUAAUUCAUUUGUUGAAUUUCGAGUACGAUGUAAAGCUACUGAUGAAUGGCUACGAAAUGAAGCUGUAAUUUUGGAUAAUGAUAACAAGGAUUCUAUAAUAGUUGAUUCAGAAGAAAUUAAUAAUAAAGAUUUAUUAUUAGUGGAACCAAAUCAAUACGAAGAGCAGUUAAUUGAUGAUCCAGAACCUGUUGAUAAUAAGCAAAUAGUUGAAAAUGAAAUUGAGUUGUCUCAUUGCAUUGUUCAAACAGAAGAGGUAAUGCAAAUGUCGGUUAACGAAGAAGAGACAUUAGAAACGAAUACUAGUGAUCAUCAAUGUGCAAUCUGUGGUAAAGAGUUGUUGUCUGCAUAUACACUUGCAAACCACAUGCGAUCCCACACAGGAGAGCGUCCUUAUGGAUGCAGUGUAUGUGAAAAGUUCUUCAAGACUAAAUCAAAUUUAAAUGAACAUUACCGAGUUCACAAUCCGGAACUGCGUUGGAUGAAGACGUCGAGCAGGGACAUCCCGUCCAUAACCCGAGUGACGGUCACGUCUGAAGAUAUUCUGACGUGCGGUCAGUGUUCUAAGGUGUUCGUAUCACUGGACGAAUUGUCUGCUCACGAACGCGAACACGACGAUCAGCCGGAACAGCCGGAACAGUUGACGCAGACGGUCGAGGCGACAAUAUCACCGGCGGCAGUGACGUCUGCGUCUGCGAUGACGACGUUCACUUGUGAACAGUGCAACAAAAACUUCACGUCGAAGUCACAGCUGUCCGCGCACAUCGGCAACAACUGUUCGGAAGGCGCUGACCGACAGUGUCCGUACUGCGGCAAGCAGUUUCGGUCGGUGGCCACGCUGGAGAACCACAAGCGGGUGCACACCAGGGAAAAACCGUUCACGUGCGAGCUGUGCGGCAAGGCAUUCCGCACCAAAGGCAAUCUGCUGGAGCACAAGCGCGUGCACAACAACAGCCUGUGCCUGGUCAAGAACGACGCGAAGAUGACGGACCGCGACGCCGGUGCGGGCGGCUGCGACCAGCGGUUCCAGUGCACGUACUGUUCGAAACCGUUCCGGACGUACACGGCGCUGUUGAAUCACGAGCGCGUGCACACCCGCGAAAAGCCGUUCGAGUGUUCUGUGUGCGGCAAGUGUUUCCGAACCAAAUCCAACCUGACGGAGCACAUGAAGGGCUGCCACGACAUGGACUCGUCGGCCUGCGGUUCGGACGAGGUCCAAGUGUUCACGUUCAAGACCCAAACGGUGGCCGCCGCCGAGCUGGAGUCCACGUGACGUUGCGCGUUCGUCGAGACGCAGCUGUCGUAACGAUGAUUUUUAUGAUCACAUUCAUAUUUAAUGCAUUUAUACAUACAUACAUUUAUACAAUUAAAGGACAGGAACUUUAUUUUUACAAACAUUUAUACAAAACGAUAAUAAUGUUAUUUUGGUAUAUAUAUAUAUAUUUAAUAAUAUAGUUUACACGUAAAACAGUACAAUAUAAUUUACAUUUUAUUCUUUUGCAAAUACAUUUUUACAUGAUAUUUAUUAUUAUAUAUAUAAGUAUACAGUAAUAUUAAUUCGACGUUUGUUGUUUAAUCAAAUUUGCUGAGAUUAUAAUAACUAUAUAAUAUUAUGUUUUCAACUUUAUUUAGCUAUGAUUUAGUUAUAAUAAUAAUAAUAAUAAUAAUAAUAAUAAUAAUUAAUAAUAAUGAUAAUAAUAUUAUGUUAUUAAGUGUUAAUAAUUACAAUUACAUAUUAUAAAUAUUUAAAGGUACCGCCUAUUCGUCUAACGUUGUUCGUCGGCAGGCACGUCUAAUGUGUUAUAAAUUAUAAUAUUACUAAGUAAUAUAAUAUUACAAUACAUAACUUAAACAAUAAUUUAUCGGUUCGCGGAAAAUUGCACGGCGUCGUCGACUGUACAUAUACACGCCCGAAAUUAGCUCGGAAUAUAUUAUUUAUUUGACAAGCUGAUGUCACUGCAAACGUGGCCAGUAUUGCGAGGACAAGUCGGCCGUGUGCCCCGGCACGGCGAUCGGCACCGAAACUCCGGGUGAUAUGAGACCUGUGGAAUUGAAAAACAUUAAUAUAAAAUUAUGAAUAUUAUACUUAGUAAAUAUUAAUUAUAUUAUUUAAAUUUUACUAAGUCAUAUUAUGAUCCGAUUAAAAUAUAUUAAAUGGUACAGUCGUACAGACGUCAAAAAUCAUAAUUUUGGGGUUGUUUCAAAUUUUAUUUUUAAUAUGCAUAUUUUCGUUUCCUGCCGAUUUGUCCAUAUUUUAAACCAAAAAGGCGCGUACACAAUAAAUAUUUUGCCGAGGAGGGGAUUUAAGGUUAUAAAUUUUGCCAUACCCUUACUUAUAUGUACUUAAGAAAAAGUUUAUUGAUAGAAACCACUUUUACUUUAUAAAAACAUAUUUAGUAAUUUUCAUGAAAUUUUGAGUGGAGGUUGGACCCUUAAAACUGCUUGUGUUCGGGAUUUAGGCCAAAACAUUUUAGAAGUAGACACAAUAAUACUGGAUACCUGGUAGUCCAAACGACGCCAACGAUCAAAUCAAAACAUUGAUAUAAUUAUAAAUACCUACUUAAAAUACAAAAAUAUCUUUUUACGUAAUAUCGGGAGUUAUUGAUAAGAUAUUAUAAGACUGAUAUGGUUACGAUGUCAAAAUAUGUGUUAUGUGUAUAAAUUAUAUUAUUAUAUUUUAUUGUGUAUAUCAAUUCACAAUUAGACGUGUAUUAUAUAUUAUAUUUUAUUUUAUGAAUUGAUCUGUUUUAGUGACUGCAUAAUAUGGUAUAUCUAAAUUAUAUAUAAUAAAAUAAAAUAUAAACCUAA